AUGUCUCUUCCCAAAAGAAUUGUUAAGGAAACCGAACGUUUAUUAGCUGACCCUGCUCCUGGCAUCAGUGCCACACCUCAUGAUGAUAACUUGCGUUAUUUCGAUGUGAUUAUCGCUGGUCCUUCUCAAUCUCCAUUUGAAGGCGGUAUUUUCCACUUGGAGUUGUUCUUACCCGAGGAUUAUCCAAUGGGACCUCCCAAGGUUCGCUUCUUGACAAAAAUCUACCAUCCCAACAUUGACAAGCUGGGUCGUAUUUGCUUGGAUAUCCUUAAAGAUAAAUGGUCUCCUGCUCUUCAAAUCCGCACCGUGUUACUCUCCAUACAGGCAUUGCUGUCUGCACCUAACCCAGAUGAUCCAUUAGCAAAUGAUGUUGCUUCCCACUGGAAGGAAGAUGAAAAGGGUGCCAUUGAGCAAGCUCGCCAAUGGACCACCAUGUAUGCUCACCCAUAA